AUGUGUGGCACUGGCGCUUUGUUUGUUGACCACCGUGUUGGGUUUGGCAUGCUGGUGCAUGUUGCUGUGCUGCCUGCAGCACAGCAUGUGUUGUGGCACUUUGCGUUUGCCUCGAUGCGUACUGCGACGAUGAAAGAGGCGCUUGCCAUCCCGCUGGUGCUGGGCGGGUGCUUUGCGGCGUACUUUGCCGUGUUCCGGAACCGCAAGAAGGUGGACUAUGUGUUUGAAGGACGGGAGGAACGGCAAGCAGAGGCGCGGGUUGCAGCGGAGCAGUUCCGACACCGCAUGGACGCCAGGCUGCAUGACAAGUCACAGAAGGAGUGA